AAAAGGUACCAUUUGAAAACUCCUUUAACCUGGCCUUUUGAUAUAUUUGGAGCAGUUGCCUCCUUAGCAGCAGCCCCGGUGUGGAUACUUCAGACAAAAUUAUGGAGCCACAGAGUCAGAAUUUGAAGACGACACCUCCAUUGACUUUAGAAAGAUUUCACAUUUCUGAAGAAUAUGGCUUUCUUCUUCCAAAUCCUCUGAAAGAACUCCCCGAUCAUUACAGGCCCUGGAUGGAAAUUGCCAGCAAACUCCCUCACUUGAUUGACACUCACCAGCUUCGAGCUCAAGUGAACGAGAUGCCCCUCUUGAACUGCCAGUUCCUCACAGGUUACAAGGAGCAGCACCUGGCCCACCUGAUCCUGAGCUUUAUCACCAUGGGGUAUGUCUGGCAGGAAGGAGAGACGCAGCCCAAAGAGGUUCUGCCAAGAAACCUUGCCCUUCCAUUUGUGGAGGUUUCCAGGAACUUGGGGCUCCCCCCUAUCCUGGUUCAUGCAGACUUGGUGCUGGCCAACUGGGCUGCAAGGAAUCCGGAAAAACCCCUGGAAAUAAGGAACCUGGACCCCAUUGUCUCCUUUCCUGGGGGAGAAAGCAUCCGUGGUUUUAUACUGGUGACUGUUUUGGUGGAGAAAGCAGCGGUACCCGGGAUUAAGGCCCUUGUUCAGGCAGUGAAUGCCCUCUUGAAGCCCAGCCCGGACUGCCUGCUCCAAGCCCUGCAGCGACUGACACUCUCCAUCCAGGAUAUCACCAGAACCUUGGGACAAAUGCACGAUUAUGUCGAUCCAGACAUAUUUUAUGCAGUCAUCCGCAUCUUCCUUUCUGGGUGGAAGGAUAACCCAGCAAUGCCUGUGGGGUUGGUGUAUGAGGGCGUUUCUGAAGAGCCUCUGGGAUAUUCUGGUGGCAGCGCUGCACAGAGCACCGUGCUCCAUGCCUUUGAUGAAUUCUUAGGGAUUCGUCAUAGCAAGGAGAGUGCGGAUUUUCUGCACAGGAUGAGGGAUUACAUGCCUCCCUCCCACAAGGCCUUCAUAGAGGAAAUCCACUUGGCUCCUUCCCUGAGGGACCACGUCCUGUCCUCUGGAGAUGGCCAGCUUCUGACAGCCUAUAACCAGUGUGUGGAGGCCCUGGCAGCCCUGCGCAGCUAUCACAUCACCAUGGUGACUAAGUACCUCAUCACAGCUGCAUCCAGAGCAAAGGGCAGGAGGACCAGCCAUCUCCCAGGGCCGCCCCGGUCCUUAGAAGAGAGGGGCACUGGCGGUAUGGCAGUUCUGAGAUUCCUGAAGAGUGUUAGGGACAGGACCUUAGAGGCAACCCUCCAACAAAGCAGCUAAGAGGAGUUCCCAUUGUGGCUCAUCACUUUAAGGGCCUGACGUUGUCUCUAUGUGAGUGUGAGUUCAAUCCCUGGCCUCGCUCAGUGGGUUAGAGAUCUGGGGUUGCCACAAGCUGUGGUGUAGGUCACAGAUGUGGCUUGGAUCUAGUGUUGCUGUGGCUGUGGCAUAGAAGGGCAGUGAUAGCUCCAAUUUGACCCCUAGCCUGGGAAUUUCCAUAUGCCGCAGGUGCAGCCCUAAAAAAGACAAAAAAAGAAAAAGUUGCUAAGAGCCUCUCUCCCAUCCAGCAAGCAAAUGCAGUCUCUCCUUGCCCUCUUCUCUGCGGAUGGCAGGCCAAGGGUUCUGUCUGGAAUCAUCUGGAAGGGACCUCAGCCCUGUUGCUGUUCUUGCUACACGGAGCACCACUUUCUCCUCUGUUGGGAGCUCUUCGUCCUCAUGGAGAAGAAUGUUCAAGGCCAGAAUCUUGUUUUCCCUACCUAAGCCCUGGAUAAUAGCCAACAGCUUUGAAUAUGCUUAUUCAGAACCCCACAGAAGAGUGUGUGUACCCCCAUUCUGUGUGUAAAGCAAUUGAAAACCAAGUUCAACUUCACAGAUCAAAUAAAAUCACUUGUGGAUGGA